UUCUUGUAGGUGUUUGUCACUGACAGCAGCUUAACGAGCAUCGGAAUUUACGAGGAGGUUGAGGCACGGCUGAAAGCUAAUUCCUGUGCAGGUAUGUCGACUAUAAGUGUUCCUUCAGGCUGUUUUCUCAAAGUUGCACCGUCAAUUGGAUCCUCUGCCUUUACCAAGUAUCAAUGCUCGUUGGGUUCCGUAAAAAGUAUUUCUAAAGCAUUUGGCUUGAAGUCAUCGUCUUCCUUCAAAGUCUCUGCAAUGGCAGCAUACAAGGUGAAACUGGUUGGGCCCGAUGGUAACGAGACUGAAAUUGAGGUUUCCGAUGAUCAAUACAUCCUCGAUGCAGCAGAGGAAGCUGGAGUUGAACUGCCUUAUUCAUGCAGGGCUGGAUCUUGCUGUACCUGUGCAGGCAAGUUGGUUUCUGGUACAGUCGACCAAUCUGAAGGUGCAUUUCUUGACGACGAUCAAAUGGAGAAGGGUUAUUUGCUGACUUGUAUUUCAUACCCGAGAUCUGACUGUGUUAUUCAUACACACAAGGAAGAAGAGCUCGUUUGAGCAUGUUUGUUCAUUUUGCUUCAAGUUGGGACCUUGAAAAUUGAGAGUGGUACAAUUGUGCCGUAGACGCGGAAAAGAAACAAUAAGAAAUAAAUGAAGAAAUUGGUAUGCUGCCUCCCAGAUGGAGAUAUUUGUGUCUGGUUUAUAGCAUGACGCAUGUUGGGGUUAUUUAUCAGAGUGUGGUGUUUGUUCCUUUUGGGUUAUCUUUUAUUUAUCAGGCUUGAACAGGUUAUCAAUCUUAUGAAGAUCAUACCAUAUUUGGUGGACGGUGGUCAUCUCAAGAUUGGUCUUAUGUCCUUGCCCCUGAAGGGCUUAUA